GCAAAACGUGUCUUUGUUGAGCCGCGGUGUUCCUAACUUCCGUUUCCCUUCCACUGGUUCAGUUCUAUUAGCGGAAAGCAUGGCGUCGGGUCACAUCAGCAGACUGGCUCACCUGUUUAAUCGCGUUAACACCAGCAGAAAUAUUAGACCAUUCAGAGUUGGAACUUUUCUGUCAUCUCACAACAAAUCUACUGUCAGAGGUUCGUCCAUUAACGACAACAGUGAUGUGGAAAUCGCAGUGACAGCUGAUGGAAACACAAUAGUGUGUUAUCAUCCGGCAGAAGACGUACCCUAUGAGUUCACACAGCCGAUCGUCAGGCCGGAUGUCGUCAGUGAUCAUGCAGAGACGCACGAGCAGGUGCUCAAAGCCAGACUCGGUAAAGAGGUUUUAAAUAACAAACAGGCCCCGACCAUAGAGGAGCUCAGUAAGAUGUUUUACACCACCAAACACCGCUGGUACCCCGUCGGACAGUAUCACUCCAGACGCAGAAAGCCAAAUCCACCCAAAGACCGAUAGUCCUGGUCUUCUCUAAUGUUCUUUGUACAUGUACUUCUGCACAUUAAAUAAACCCUUCCUUCAGCUAUU